AUGGCCCACAAGGGGCAGCCAGCCCUGCCUGGCCUCCCCCCAGAUGGCUUCAGCCACUGUGGCUUUAAUCAAAGGAACAAUCUGUUUGCCUCUGAAUCAGACCCAGAUUCCUUCCCCAGCAAUGUCCCUGAGGCCUCUGGGGACCAGCGGCCCAUCCCAGCUCCAUCCUCCUCCCUCUCCACUCUGGGGGUGGCCUCAUCUGUCUUUAUCACCCUGACACCCCCUCGCCGAGAUGUGGCUGUGGCUCAGGAAGUGAGGCGGGCAGCCUGUGAGGCCCGGCCUGGCCGCCCCAGGGACCCAUCUGCCCCCACAAAAGCACCUGGGCCUAGCUUGGCAGGGAAGCCUGACCCCUGGAUACCUCUUGGCAGGGCUGUGGCAGCGGCACCGGCUGUAGCGCUGCAGCUCUCUAAUGGAGGGUGUCCUCCCCCUCCUGCCCUGGGCAGCGAGGACUCACUUCCGGAUCUGGACCUCCUUCCCCCUCCUCCGCCACCCCCACCGGCAUACCUGCCUCCUGCUGAGGAAGAACCCCUUGGCCCAACGGGGGCGUCACUCCUUGCGGACUUGGAGCAGCUGCCCCCGCCCCCUCCACAGUCCCUGGCUGAGGGCCUUCCACCCCAGCCUCAGCCUGGUCACCUCAGACCCGUGGAGGAGGAGCUCCCCCCUCCCCCAGAAGAGCCUGUUGGCGGCCCUGAGAAGGACGCAUCCCCAGGUGUCUGCGGCUUCUGCCACAAGACUGUGUCCCCCCGAGAGCUGGCCGUGGAGGCCAUGAAGAGGCAGUACCACGCCCAGUGCUUCACCUGCCGCAUCUGCCGCCGCCAGCUGGCCGGGCAGAGUUUCUACCAGAAGGACGGGCGGCCCCUCUGUGAGCCCUGCUACCAGGACACCCUGGAGAAGUGUGGCAGGUGUGCAGAGGUGGUGCGCGAGCACAUCAUCAGGGCCCUGGGCCAGGCCUUCCACCCCAGCUGCUUCACGUGUGUGUCCUGCGCCCGCUGCAUUGGGGAUGAGAGCUUUGCCCUGGACAGCCAGAACGAGGUGUACUGCCUGGACGACUUCUACAGGAAAUUUGCCCCCGUGUGCAGCAUCUGUGAGAAUCCCAUCAUCCCCCGAGAUGGGAAGGAUGCCUUCAAAAUUGAGUGCAUGGGAAGAAAUUUCCAUGAAAACUGCUACAGGUGUGAGGACUGCAGGAUCCUCCUGUCCAUCGAGCCCACUGACCAAGGCUGCUACCCCUUGAACAACCGCCUCUUCUGCAAGCCAUGUCACGUAAAGCGGAGUGCCGCGGGGUGCUGCUGAGAGCACCGCUGGGGGUGGGCAGCCGUGCCCACUCGCCGCCCUGCCAUGCCCCCCUCCCUCCCAGGGACCCUUCCCUGAUUUGUUUCCUUCCUGCCUCGCUCUUGCUUCCUUUCGUUCUGAGCUGCCACGGGCCAGCCAGCUGUGCUGCCCACUGCGGGGCGGCACAGGCCUCCUCCCAGCAUCCCUCAGGCAAUGGGACUUGCCAUGCCAGAGCAUCACACAUACUGGUCCCGUUUCCAGAGCACUAACCCUGCAGCCGUCUGGUAUGGGGUGCUGAGUGGUCCUUGGGGGGCCCCAAGGGAUGAAGUGCUUGACUGCAAGCUGAAAAGUUGGCUGUUUGCACCUGCCCAGAGGCACCUCGAAAGACAAUCCCGGCGAGCUUGAUUCGGAAAGAUCACAACCUCGAGAUCCAGAUGGUGCCCAGUUCUUCUCGGCACGGCUCUGCGGGGUCACUGGGAGGUGAAGGUUACUCCACAGCAGCUGACCCCACUGACUGUGGGGUGCAGGACUGAGCUGUUUGACAAAAAUCCCAAGGUCCCAUAUAAAGCACUUGGGGGAAAAACAAACUUGAAGUUGAACCUGUGGCUCACAGGAUUCCUUGGAUUUGUGGCAGCAUGGCCCCGCCCUCACAUCUGAGACUUGUGUGGGAGUAGGGGUAGCCCGGGGCCAGGAGGGAGCCUGCCCAGCAAGGGCAGGAGGAAAGGGAGAUGUCCACACACCGAAGGCUGAUGCCAAUGCCGGCUCGCUACCUGCAGAGUGCUACAGGGACUCAGACAGGACCUGAGGGCUGCUGGGGACACUGCAGGCUUAGGUGUCCUGUCUGCACCCUGGCAGGGGUCAUGCAUACUCUCCCCAGACACACACCAUGCCAGCAUGCCAUCCUUUCAGCCUCCAAGUUGUACCCCUAGUCCUAGCGGGACCCUCGAGCCCUGGCUGCCCUUCCACCACUGCCUGAGCCAAGAUUCUUCCUUUUUAAAGACACUGCUGUUGUUGAAGACUUCUUAUACUUGGCUGUGGGGCCUGAAGAAAUGAAUCAGAAUGGCUUUCCUCCCUGGAGGCGUCCCCCUGAGUGAUAAGCGCCUCUGAGGAUCCACAGGUGUUUUCAAGGACCCUCUGAUUCCAAUCCAGGAGGGAGUCUUUAUAGACCCCACCCCCCACCGCCAGAGGGGCAUCAGGCCAGAGCACAGCUUCUUGCUCUAGACUCAGAGCAAGGAGUCCCAGACUAGCCGUUCACAUCUCACCCAAUGGUUGUCAUAACCAAGGGCCACCUGUCCUUGACUGCUCUAAUCUCUUCUUGAAUUCAACACCCUUCACUUUUAGCUCACUUCUAACUUUAGCCUCCUACUCAGCAGUACGCCCACCCAGUCACAUGUUGAUGUGUAUUCCCGUUUUUUUUUCCUAUUACACAGUCAAAUAAAGACUUUUAACGUUU